AUGACGGACAAUGAAUCAGGCAACAGCUCCGGAUGGAGUAGAGAGCAGGAUAAGGCAUUUGAGAUUGCCCUGGCAACUUAUUCUGAGGAUUCUUUAGAUCGGUGGGACAAAAUUGCAGAAGAUGUUCCAGGGAAAUCUUUAGAAGAGAUUAAAGACCACUACGAGCUAUUAGUUGAUGACAUUAACCGGAUUGAGUCGGGCUGUGUGCCUCUACCUUCCUAUGAUACUUCUUCAGAUGAUUCAACGAGUCGCGCAGUUGAUGAAGGAAGUGGUAAGAAGAGUGGCAAUUUUGGGCACUUAAACAGUGAUGCUAAUCAUGGAGGUAAGGCCUCAAGGUCAGAUCAGGAGCGCCGCAAGGGUAUCGCCUGGACAGAGGAUGAGCACAGGUGA